AUGGCAACAACAGACCUGCCGCAGCAAGAGGCACAGGAUGCGCUGAGGCAAUAUGCAGAACAGUCCAACGAGACUCGUGCAAAGGCAAUCGAACAAUUCAUUCUGGCCAAUCUCGAGGAUGAUGCUUUCCUCAAACUUUGUGUUGAUGUGGAGGCAUGUUGGCAGCGUCAAGUACUGGAUAGGCGUCUUUGA